AGAGUGGGUUAAAAACAUAGUGAUUUUUCCAAAAAAAUAGUAAUAAGAAAAUUGAUUGUACUCAAAUAUGAAAAUAAAAAAGAUUUUCAUAUAUCUUAAAUUCAAAAUGUUUGGUGACUAUACUUUUCAUAUUUUAGGAUAUUUAGUCAUGAUUGUAUAAGUGAUUUACAAUUUUUUAUUAAGAAUUGAUUGUACUCAAAUAUGAAAAUAUGAAAGAUUUGUAUAUAUCUUCAAAAUAUUUGGUAACAUAUAUUAGGAAUUUAGGAUAUUUGGUCAUUGAUUAUACAAGUGACUUUUCAUUUUUGUUUUGUUAAGAAAAUUGAUCUUACUCAAAUAUGGAAAUAGAAAAUAUUUUCAUAUAUCUUCAAAAUAUUAGAUAAUAGUACUUUCCAUAUUUUAGGAUAAUGAUUAUCCAUAGAUUACAAUUUCUACUCGGUGUAGAAAUAAGACAAAGAGGUUCUAAAUCAAAUCAACUAAUCUUAGAACAUUGAAUUACAAGCGUUAAAAACAGUAAAAAAAUCUAUAGAUUACUUAUUCUAAUAAAAACAGAUUAGCUAACAAAACGUAGAAUUCAAUUUUUACAAUGUCAUUUUCUGUAUAAUAUAAAAUCUACUAUAAGAAAAUUUGAAAUUUUUAUUUAACAAGUUUUAGUUUCCGACAAACUGCUACUACAAUUAUGAGAAUAUUUUGAAUUGUUCCUAUUUUCAUAUUUUUGGGGGUUUGUAUAACUAUUCUAUUUCAUUAAUUUUGAUAAAUACAAAGGACAAUAAAGAUAAAAUUGGUCAAAAAAAUAUAUAGACAGAAAUAGAACAAAAUGAUAUUAUCUUAUAAGUACAAACAUGCUAAAUUUUUGGUCAAUAUUUCCACAUGAAAAAUAUUACAAUUUGGAUCAAAUUCAACACACUCUUCAAUUUGGAUCAAUUUGAAAAAUAUUUCCAAAUGAAAAAUAUUUCAUGGUCUAUAAAUACCGUCUUGGCUCUUGAGUUGCAGCAUAGUAUAAUCAAAUUCAAACAAAAAAGAAACAGAAGAAAGAGAGAAACCAUGAGUAUUAGCUUAAGGUUUAUAGUUGCUGGUCUUAUUCUUUUUCUUGUCUCCCGAUACGCUACAUGUAAUUUCUUUUUAAAAGUAUUAGAUAUAUAUCCCAUAUAUAUAUAUAUAUGUAUAUGACUAUUUUAUACGUAUUAAUAAUUCAUUUUGUUUUAUUUUAUCUUUUUCUAGGUCAAGCCAUAAUGAGAAUCCCACUCAAAACGAAAACUUUGUGGAACAAGGACGAUGUGUCUUUAACAAAUGAUAAUGACAAUACUUACUUCGGGCAAAUUAUGGUAGGAACUCCGGGUCAGCCUUUCAACGUGUUGUUUGACACCGGGAGUUUCGACCUGUGGGUUCCUUCUGCAAUAUGGCCUAAACAGAAAAGCAGAAGGUAUAGAUCAAGCGCAUCAAAAACUUUCAAACGCAAUGGGACGAAAAAAGAAAUCAGAUACGGAUCAGGUUCUCUGAAGGGGUUCAUGAGCAACGAUGCGGGAGAAAGCGUUCAUCGAGGCAACUGAAGCUCCGGGUAGACGGAUUUACGAAAGGCCGUGGGAUGGCAUAUUUGGACUUUCAGGCCUAUCGAAAUCGACAAUCACAGGAGCUCGUCCCAUCUGGAGAACGAUGAUGGAUGAAGGGGUGGUUACAAAGAAAGUGUUCUCGAUAUGGCUUCGACGGUACAGUGAUUCUGGUGAAAACGGUGGAGAAAUAAUCUUUGGAGGUAUAGACCAAGAGCACUUCACCGGAGCUCAUACCUACGUUGAUGCAGAAGGGCCGCAUAACACCUUCAAGAUUAACUCUUUUUUUGUGGGCAAAAUUGACACGAAAGUUUGCUCCAAGGGAUGCAAAGUUCUUGUGGACUCGGGGAGUACAUACAUUCGUGGUCCACCGAAUUUGAUCGUCAAGAUUAAUAAGCAAAUCAGAAUAGCAGCAGACUGCUCUAAUUAUGACAAGCUGUCUGAAGUUAUAAGCUUCACAAUAGCCGCAAAGACUUUUACCCUCACACCACGUGAUUACAUUGAGAGAAAGAACGGGAAAUGCAAGAGUGUAUUCGCGGAUGCUAAGUCUGAUUUAUGGCAACUUGGCACGCCAUUUAUUCGAGCAUUUCAUACUGUUUGGGACUACCAGACUCCAGGAAUUGUUAAAGUCGGAUUCGCCAAGUCCAAAUAAUUUCUCUUAUUAUCUCUUACCUUUUUGUGGUAUUAUGAUAUGUACUCUAUAAAUUAUUAACUAAAAUAAAAAGAAAUAUCGGCUAUAUUUCUCUUGUAGUUUUUUCGGUUCGUUAAAUCAAGAAAUGUAUGAACUUAUUAUAAACUACUUACAAUAGAGUACAACUACUGCUAUUAUAUGCGGCAUGGCAAUUACGACUAGAGUUUAAUCCGACUAAAUUACACUUAACUUCUUUCAUUAUUAAACCUGGAAAUUAAUUACUUCUAUCAUCCCCUAUAUAUUAAUCCUGAAACAUUAUAACAUUUUUCGUAGCCAUGUGUAAUCACUAAUAUAACAAAUGAAAAAAUACAAUAUUAAAAAAAAUAUUUGAUAAAAAAAUGAAAAAAUAAGAAAAUAUCAUCAAAAUAUAAUAAAAUUACGAUAAUAAAUAAAUUUAAAAUAUAAAAUAUCAUAAAAUAAAUAUUAUGUAAAGCAGAUUUAACCAAAGAAAUAUAAAUAAUUUUUAUUAAUUAGUUAAUUUCUGCAAAUAUAAAAGUAAAACUAGAUUUUGACUCGCGAUUCAAAAGCGCAGAAUAUUAUACAUUGUAAAAUUUUAAUAAAAAUUCACCAAAUGCUUUGUUAAGAGUGAUAAAAUGGUAGAUCCACCUUAUUUAAAUCCGUCUCAUUUUUAGCGAACACAUUUACAUCUCGAGCGUUUUUAAUUUUAGUUCUUAGUAAUUUUAUUUAUUUAGAUUCGUGUAAUUGUAUUAAUCAUCUAUUUAGACUGGUUUGGGUUUGUUUUGAGUGACCAAAAUCAUUUACUUUUUAGAAAAUAUAUUUGUAUUGUAUUUUUCUUAAGAAAUAUUUAAUUCACAUCUAAAAUUUUGAAGACAAUUUUGAAAAAAGGAAAAUUAAAUCAAUGUAAUUCAUAUAUAAAAAUCUUAGUAUCUACGUUUGUCAUGUUUAGUGGGUUAAAACCAAUGUAAAUUUAGUUAAAAACCAUAAAAGAAAAGUUAGUAAAAAAAAUGAUACACGUGAAAAUUAACAUUGUGAAAGUGAGCCGGCUUCCACAUAUCAAACAAAAUCAAAUAAUUAUUCACAAUAAUUUUUAACCUAGAUUUGAGAACAUUCAAUAAAUUUAAAAUUAGAUAUGAUUGUGUAUAUAUAUAUAUAUGUUAUAAAAUCGCUUUUGUUAAGUAUUAAAUGAUUGAAAGACUACAAUUUUUAAAUGAUCUAAAUAUUAAGUAAUUUAAUGUAAAUAUGAUGAAAAUCUAAGGGUAGAAUCCAAAAUUUUAAAAAUAGGAUCUUGCUUUAAUAGUAUAGAUUAGUUAACCAUAUGUUUUGUUUUUUUAUCAUAGUUAAUCAAAUGGUUAUAUAUAUCCUUUACUUUUUAUUAAAAAUAAAAAUAAAAAUGGUUAGUGUAAACAUAAAAAUAGUACUUCGAAAGUGGUAUUUUUGGAAACUUUCCAAGAUUUAAGCUGAAAUGAAUCAUGAAUCGAGAACCAAGUUGACACGUGUGGUAUUGUCUAUGUAAAUCAAUAAUACUCAAAUUGUAUAAAACUAGGUUAAGACCCGCGCCUUGCGCGGGAUGAACAUUAUAUAUAUAAAUUAUUUUAUAUAUUAUAUGUUUCUAACCUAUUAUGAAACAAUAAAUAUAUAUUGAAUAAUUAAAAAGUCAGUAAUUAUUACCUAUAUAAUUAAGUUGGUGCGAACAUAUAAAUAAAUUUUAUUAAUCCAAAAGAAUAUUUUUUUUAUUUGAUAUGGUAUAUAAUUAAAUUUAAAUGAUAGUAACAUAUAUAUAGUAUAUUUUAAUAUUAAUAUUUAUUAAAUGAUGCUUUUUGCUCAUGUUUUUUUUUUAUCAUUUGUAUCUAUUAUAGCAAAAAAUUUAAAUUACUGAUAACAAAAUUUUCACUGUGGGAUUAAUAGUUUAUGUAAUUUAUAAUAUUUUAAAAAAUUAAUUUGUCAAUAUUUUUUCAAUUUUUUUUUGUUAAAAGUAAAUUUCAAAAUUAAGAUAUUAAUUUAUUUUCUUAUAUGACAUAUAAUUUAAUAUGCAUAUACAUAUAUAUUUUUAUAUAUAUAUUAUUUUUAAUACUUAUUAAAUGACACUUUCAACUUAUAUGAUUUUUUAAUUAUUUGUAUCAUGUCAUAACAAAAAGUUUAAAGCAUAGAUCACAAAAUUUGAAUGUGAAACUCUUAAUGGUUGUACUAAUUUAUAUUCGUUCUUAAAAAUUCAAAAUACAACAUAUAAAGAAUUUUUUUAAUUUUUAUUAAAUGGUUACUAUGAUUGUUUAAUUUAUUUUAAUAGUUUAAAAUUAAACAAAUAUAAUAUAACAUACACUUAUUUUUAUCAAAUCGUUAUUAUUCAAAGUCAUUAAUUAUCAUAUAUACUUUAGCCAUAUUAGGUAAUUCCGUAAUUUUAUUUAUGAAAAUAAUGAAGCACAUUAAUAAUGUAUUUAUGGUUAGUUUAAUAAAAAAAUUAUUAUAUAUUUAGAUGGACCAACAUAUUUCUCUAAGGAUUCUAAGAAUCAUUCUAGUGAUGACAUGUGGCUACAAAAAAAUGUUGUAAUGCUUCUCAAAUAAUAUAUAGGGGAUUAUAUUAGUUUUAAGAUGGAGUUUUGGAUCAGAGAAUAUAUUACAUUUUGAAUAUUAUUUGUAUCAAUAAUUUCUAUAUUAAUAAAUUUGGUACUUUCAUGUAUAGUUAAAUUUUAAAUUAUUAUCACUACAUAAUUAGUAUGUAGAAAUUUUAUUUUAUUUUUUUUAAUAUUUAAAAUAAUCAUCUACACUAAUAAAUUAGGUUUUAAGAGGAUUACUUAUUUUGGCUUGUAAUUUGAGAAUGAUAAAUGAUUGAAAAAAAUAUUAAAUAGUUUAGGCUUAAAUAAUAUGUAAACCCACUUAAUAGAGAGAUUUAUAUAACUAUCUAUAUAUUUUAAGAUUUUUUAAAAAAUUUAUGUUGAGGAAUAUUAGGAUAUUUCUUUCAAAAGAGACUCUCCCCAUAACCGGUGUUCUGAUUUCAAGAAUGCACUCAAGAGACUCUCCCCCAACCGGUGUUCUGAUUUCACGAAUGAAGUAACUUCAUGUGUACUCCCAUCAAGUCUUGUAGGGUUUAACAUCGUUAAGAGGUGUAAAUUUUUAGUAAGCGACAUUAUUUUGCGAUUUCAGAUUAUGAAUGGGAAGUACGUAACUGGAAUAGCUAUACAGUAAAAUCUCUAUAAAUUAAUAAUGUUGGGACUAUACCAAAACUAUAAUUUUUUUGUUAAUUUAUAGAGAUAUUAAUUUAUCGAUAUACUAAUUAAACCAAAAAUUCAAUUUGUGACUAUAACAUUAUAUUAUUUUAUAGAGAUUUUUAGUGUAUAUUAAUUUAUAGAUUAUUAAUUUAAAGAAGUUAUACUGUAUAUAUUGACAUGGUGAAACGAUGUAGGUUAACUCUCAUUUUUAUUUUUUUUGAAAAAAACGGUUAACUCUUAUUUUUGAAUUUAAUAGUUAGAUAUGGAAAGAUUAUAGGUAGGGUAUAUCUGCGAUAUUUUUUGCAACAUUCCUAAAAUCUUGUUUAGAUAUUUUGAAAUUUAACUAAUGAUAUGGCAAUAUUUUAUUUGUACCGUAAUUUGAGGUUAAAAUAUUGCAAUGUUGAAAAUUUUACUGAGCAUAUUCCUUAUAUUGAUUCACGUUAGAAAAGUGUAAGCAUAUUUAGGAGUAAUUUCGAAAAGUGAAUAUAUGGAAAGUAGUUAUUAGCUUCCACGAAAUUUAUGUGUACAAUAUAAGUUUGUAUUUAAUAGAUCAAAACAUAGUGGCUCGACGGCUUGAUUUUAUUCUGAUUUAGGUUAUUUUAAAAAGGAAAAAUUAACUCAGUGGCAUGGGUUGGUAAAUAUAGUGAAAAACUCAGGGUUAUUUCUAUAAUAUACUUCUGUUUUAAUAGAUUAGAUUUAACUUAUUUUUAAGAUACACGCUUGCUUACGAAGGCACAAUAAUCCCCUUAAGAUUUUCUACCUCUCAUACGGAAAGUUGUACUUUUGAUUUCUCAUAUUAACAUCACAACAUUCAUCAAUCUUCCUUAUCUAACUUGACAUUAAUUAGGAUACAAACUUUGGAUGCUGAAUUGAUGAGCAAGGAAAAUAUAUUGUAUAUUUAAUAAACUCAUUCAAAUAC